AUGUACAGGCAAUUGCGGGUCCAGCUGCAUGGUGAGCCAGGAUAUAUUUUUUACUCCAAUAUAGUCCAGAUAGUCCCUACAGUCCAGCAUGGGCAAGAAGGAACCUCUGGAUAUACAAUUCAGGCAGCUGCGAACAUAGCCCCUAAUACUCUAGCAGAUGCUAACUCUAGGGCCCUAUUGGUUUGCAAUGGGCCUUUAGAACACUAUGACUUUCUGAUCAAAUCAGAAGAGCUGCGGAAUGAUGAACAACAACGAAGAGUGAUACAAUGCUUGCAAAAGUUACAUGAGAGCCUUAAAGAUUACAGUAUUAGUCCAAAUAGUCUUCUGUCAAAGCUCUUUGCAAAAAGCAAACCCCCAAAAGGGCUUUACAUCUAUGGAGAUGUUGGUACAGGAAAGACAAUGGUGAUGGACAUGUUUUAUUCUCAUAUAAAUGUAGAGAGGAAAAAGAGAGUCCAUUUUCAUGGUUUCAUGUUAGAUGUACACAAAAGAAUUCAUCGCCUUAAACAGAGCUUGCCUAAAAGAAAGCCAGGGCUAAUGGCCAAAUCAUAUGAUCCAAUAGCCCCUGUAGCUGAGGAAAUAAGUGAGGGGGCUUGUCUCUUGUGUUUUGACGAAUUUCAGGUCACUGACAUUGCUGAUGCCAUGAUUCUGAAACAGCUUUUUGAAAAUCUGUUCCAGAAUGGGGUAGUCGUUGUGGCAACAUCCAAUAGGCCACCUGAAGACCUCUAUAAAAAUGGGCUUCAGAGAGCUAACUUUGUACCAUUCAUCGCUGUGUUGAAGAAAUACUGCAGCACAGUCCAACUUGAUUCUGGAAUAGACUAUAGGAAACGGGUUCUUCCUGCAGCUGGGAAACUUUACUACCUCACAAGUGAAGCUGAUGUGGAGGCUGUCAUGGAUAAGUUGUUUGAUGAGCUGGCUCAGAAACAAAAUGAUUUAACUAGACCAAGGAUUCUAAAAGUGCAAGGCAGAGAGCUGAAGCUGAAUAAAGCUUGUGGAACCAUUGCAGACUUCACAUUUGAAGAGCUAUGUGACCGACCACGUGGAGCUAGUGACUAUUUGGAAAUAUCUAAGAAUUUUGACACUGUCUUUGUUCAUAACAUACCAAUACUUACCAUGGCAAAAAGGAGUCAAGCGCGCCGCUUCAUUACUCUUAUUGAUACGUUUUAUGAUCACAAGGUACGUAUUAUUUGUUCUGCAUUGACACCUCUCCAAAACUUGUUUCUGCUAGAACAUCACAAUGGACUACAGGAAAGCAGAAUACUGAUGGAUGAUUUGGGGUUGAGCCUGGAUUCAGCUGGAGGACUGUCCAUGUUUACAGGAGAGGAGGAAAUCUUUGCAUAUCAACGGACUAUCUCGCGACUUACGGAAAUGCAGACUGAACAGUACUGGAAAGAUGGAGACAGAAGCAAGAAAUAGUUGUAGCUCAAAGAUGAACAAAAUCUCUCACGACACAAAAAGUAGUAUAUAAAGAAGAAAGAUUCUAAUAGAAUUGGAAGGCUUAUUUAAUAUAAAUGAAUUCAUUAUUAUUGCACUUACCCUCUGGACCAUAACUUUUCAUCUGCAAUGUUUAUGUUUAAGUUUUAAGGACUUAGUAAAUUGUGUUUUUUGUUUUGGUUUAGAGUUGGUUUUUUUACCUCACCAGUUUGUGCAUCUGUAUUAUGCCUUUUAUAUUUUAGUUUGUUUCUCCGGUACAGCAUGACUUCAUUAUUCAACCAGGUUAACUGGAUCAGGAUCAUUCUUAGGGUGUGUCUAGACUACAGAGUUUUGUCGACAAAAGUGGACUUUUGUCGACAAAACUAUAC